UUAAAGCGUUGAUCAGUUCUGGGGGACAAUUAUUUUUUUCCAUCUAAUGUGAGAUCUCAGCUGUCUUUGGAAUGAUGUGGACCUUACAUGACAAUAUUGGAUUUGUGCUCUUUUCCUGUUUGUCCAUUCAAGUUGGAUUUUCUCUUGACGGAAAGUUUACUGAUUUACCUUCAAACAUCACUGCCAGGGAAGGGCAGAACAUUGAAAUGGCAUGUGCCUUUCAAAGUGGGAUGUCCUCAGUUUACUUGGAGAUCCAGUGGUGGUUUAUUCGUGCUCCGGAGGAACAGAUUACAAGCGAGGAGGAUGAGGAUGAGGAUGAUACAGAGAUGGAGCUGAUUCCAGAACCAGACCCUGAUGAAGAAGGAACCAAAAUAAGUACAGUCAAGGUACAGGGCAAUGACAUCUCCCACAAGCUGCAGAUCUCUCGGGUGAGCAAAAAUGAUGAGGGCUUGUAUGAAUGUCGUGUCACAGAUGCCAACUACGGAGAACUCAAGGAGUACAAGGCUCAAGCCUACCUGAAAGUCAACAUCACUAUCCGACCCCGCAAUCGGGCCAUCAAGAAGACCUCGCCACUGCACUUGACCAAUAAGAAACCCCGCAAGAGCAGCUCAGCUCUGGGACAGGACAGCAACGGCAUGAGUUCGGACCAGAGAUCCCAGUCUACUUCUACCUCUCAGACAUCACACUCCAAAACAAUUAAACACAGCACAGGGUCAGGUACGAGGAUAGCCACAAGAAAUGGACUUGUUAUUCUUCUCCUCACGUCUGGCCUCAUGAGGGGAGCAUGGCUAUAGUUCCAAGACAGUUACUCUUUUUUUUUUUUUUUUUUUUCAGAAUCACUUGUUUUUCAGAGCCAAGAGAAAAAUGCUUGCUAUUUGGAUGGAGCGGACAGCACAGUUGUCCCUUACUUCAAACCACUACACCACACCCAAUGUAAAGAUCGUCACCAGAAGCACCUUUGUUUCAAAAGCCUAGGAAAAUAAAACUGCCAUACUGGACAUGUGCUUAGCGCUCCAAAUCAAACAGAAGACAAAAAUGGACACAGACUUUUAUGGGAUCUAUCACCAAUAUAUAUUUUUCAUUCGUUUUUGUUUUAUCUCCAGCUGUGAAUUUAAUACGUUGCUCUGAAGUUCGGAAGAGUCUAUAUUUGUGUAACAUAUGAAUAUAUGAACAGAUAUACAGUAUAUAUAAGAAUGUGAUUUAAAAGGCCCCUUGACUCUGUACAGCUGCCAUUCAUUCUAGUUCAUUCAUAUGCAAAGACAGCUUUGAAAACAAAAGAAAACGAGAAAAGUACAGUACCACGGCUUAGUACAUAUUGUCUCGAUCGCUAAUUGAGCGCUGCUUAACUAUGUGGCAAUUCACAGUGUUUGCAUUAAUGCAGAUAUAUUGUGUUUCUUUUUUUGGCAUAACAAAUGUGAUUUAUAUUAUUUUUUUUAUCCAUCCUGUUAGUUUAUGUUGUAUACUCAAGGACAGCAAAUGCUUCCACAUGCCAUAUGUAAAAGUCAUGUUGAGUUAGCAUGUACAGAAACUAAUGUAGCAUGUGAGAAAAGUAGUCUACAACUGGAAUCUAAAUCACACACCGUAACACCAUUCAAGGGCAUUGUUGAAUUUCAGAGUAGUUUGUUUCACACCUCGAAAAGAUAUUGUUUGCUUCCUUUUUUUCCUUAAGGGUCAGAGGUUUGAAAUAAAUGUUCCAAGACUUCAACCUUCAAACUACUAAAGGUGUUAUAUGACCUUUAGUGCUGUUGAAUUUUGUGAUUGUGUCCUUCAAAACAUCUCAAGGAUGAUUCACCUGCAUUUAAGUGUUGAAGAUGAUUGCUUUGCACCACUUGAAGCAACUGUAAUUUCCGAUGUGUUUACUGUCUUCAAAAGCACGUCGCACCAGACCAUUGGAUUUCCUCUUUAGCUGACAAAAUCAAUAGCUGGAUGUGGUUGAAUAGUUGGAUUGGUUUACUCAAGUUUUUAAUUAAACGAGGAACAUCUUAGUUCCUUUGUUACAAUCCAAUACAUUUGUAUUCCCCUAUUUCCGUGAUAGAUUUGCAGACUGACAUUGGGAGAGUUGGCCUUGCAGGAUACCUCUCAAAUCUACUAAGGUUUUGUUUUAGUCUAUUCAUUUUUGCUUCGUUCUGAUGCCACUUAAGCACUAAAAAAUUCCCACUAACAAGCAUGAAACUUUUGAGCAUCACACAGUGGAAUCUAAUGAUAGCAGGAUUUUUAUGUGAGGCAAAGGUACAGUGGGGUCCAAAAGUCUGGGAUUUUCUGGAUUUAUUUUCAUUUUAUUUUAUUUCUACUAUUUAUGUAUGUAUUUAGUUUUAAUUAAUUAAUUUAUAGCUGGUAAUAAACACAUUUAUAAGGAUUCUGCAACAUUUGCAACAACUGAAAUGUUAUGACUUGAAAUUAAUAAGAAAUAUAUAAGAUUACACACAAUUUCUAGGUCAUAAAUCAAAAGUAAUCAAAUUUGUGACAUUGACCAUGUUAACUCUUUUGUACAAAAGGUCAGAUUUUGAUGCUGGAUAACAUGGAUCACCAGGCUGUCCAUUAACUUGUGGAGUUUAUGCCAGCUUAAGCGCACGACAUAUUAUUUAAAUUGUUGAUAAUAUCAUUUUUAAUUACAAAUUGUGUAUUGCAUUAGAAAACUGCUAAAUGCAUUUUCAUUAGUAGUCUUAGGCUGGGUUUCCCACAGCAUUAAGUAGAACUUUAUCUAAGUAGUACGUAAAAAUGUUUGUGAAUUAACAAAAGCUUUGAACCACACUUAAGUCCAUUAAGUGCAACUUUUUCAUAUCUUUCACAGUUGUUCAGAGACAAAGGUAAAUUUAAUAUAUUAUAUUAAUAUAUUUUGAUCAUUGGAAAGCCAUUUUACAUCG